GAUAACUAGGGUGACGGCACCAGUAAUGGACACGGCACCAAUUAUGGACAUUUUUUUCGUUGAUCGAAUUUAUUAAGCAACUGUCCCAACCUUUUUCAACUUGCAAUUCUAAAGCAUAACCAAUAGACGUUUGAGCGGUCAUUUUGACACGCGUCACCAAAAUUGGCCAUUUUGUUCUAAGAUGGCUGCGAAGUGAAAUCUCGUUGCGGGCGGUGGUCAUGUAAAUCCGUGUUUAUUGUUGAAAUCGUUAAGGAGAUGGCACCAAAGAAAAAUUACACCCCCGAACAAAUGGGGAGAGCAAUGGAUGAUGUAAGGAUGGGAGAAAAGAUUAGCACAGCUGCCCUCCGGUUUGGGGUUCCUCGAAUAACCUUGCACAACAAGGUGACAGGCAAAAGUCCUGCAGUUUGUGCUAUGGGGCCUCAAACUAUCUUCACGCCAGAAGAAGAGGACAUUCUGGUAAAAUGGUUGGUCGCAAUGAGUGAAAAGCACUUUCCCAUAAAUAGACAAUUAUUAACAGAGAGCGUGCAAAAAAUUAUAUUAGAUCAAGGGAAGGCCAAUCCUUUUACAAAUAACAAACCUGGAAAAAAGUGGUUUUCGUCAUUUUUAAAACGACAUCCAGAUAUAACAGAAAAAACAGCACAAAAUCUUUCGAAGUCGAGGGAUGACGUUACCGAAGAAGGCAUCCGCAAAUGGUUCGAAGAAAUAACGACAUACAUAGAAGGUAUAGGUUUAAAAGAUGUUUUAGAUGAACCCAGCCGGAUAUUUAAUACCGACGAAAGCGCAUUUUUUUUGUCACCAAAAGCAGGCCGAGUUCUUUGUAAGCAAGCAGAAAAACAUCUGUACCAAUUCUGCGGCGAUGAAAAAGACAACCUAACUGUCUUACUCACUGCCAAUGCCACCGGUCAAUUAGCACCACCAAUGAUAGUCUUCAAGUAUGAUAGACUGCCAGCGCACAUAACAGCCACUGUUCCUGAACAUUGGGGCAUAGGAAAAUCUGAAUCAGGCUGGAUGUGUGGAAGCACAUUCUACGAGUAUAUCACAAAUAUUUUCAAUCCAUGGCUAGAGGAGCAAAAGAUACCAAAACCCGUCCUGUUUUUUUUAGAUGGCCACAGAUCACAUUUAACAUUACAUCUAUCAGAUUUUUGCUCCGCAAACGGCAUAGAGCUCAUUGCUCUGUACCCCAACUCAACCCAUAUCCUUCAACCAAUGGAUUUAGCAGUCUUUCGCCCUUUGAAAUUAGCCUGGAGAAAAGAAGUUUCUAAGUGGCAACUGAACAAUUUGGGUAAAGUCCUGAAAAAAGAACACUUUGCACCUGUGCUAAAAGACGCUAUUAGCACAAUAUCAGAAGAAUGCAUUCGGAAUGGGUUCAGAGCUGGAGGUUUGCACCCUUUCGGACCGGACUACAUUGAUAUGAGUAAAAUAAAAAAAAAACAUACACAAAUUAUUGAGAAGGAAGAGGACCCAAAGCAAAUAGAAUUUGUGAAAUACUUGGAUGCUGAGAUAGUUGCUGUUUAUUCGAGACAAAAGUUAGACUUGUUCAACGCAUUAUAUCUCAAAGACAGGAGCACCGUUGAACAGAAUAUACCAAGUGAAGAUGAAUCGCUGUUUGUUAUCUGGGCCAAAAACAAACAAGAGUCGUUUAAUAGUGAAAGGUCUAUUCCCCAAAUAGAUUCAGUAGAGAAUCAGCUCUCUACAUCAGAAGCUGCUCCAGAUAACACAGAAAGUGAAGUACAACAUCCAAAUUCGACGGCUAUUUUAACCACGGAGGGCUCUCUGCUGUUGGAAUCUCAGAAAACAUCAUCUCUCAAACCACUGGAAUGCACUGAAAUUGAACCAUGCCGAGAUUCUUUAGCUUCACCUACAAUAAGUGAAUUACCUAACCAAAUGGAGGAACCUGAGCAGACAAACCGAAUUAGUGUCGAAAAUCAAGAAUUAUCCUGCAGUACACCACCUACGCAGACCCAAACAUUCCCAAUAAAUCAAGCAGUCGAAAACCAAAUACCGGAAUUUGUCCCAAGAACUAAUAACACGGAAAGCCCAUCAGCAACACCCGAGAGUGCGUCAGAAACUACUGCCAGAGUCCCUGUACGUAGUGUAACUCCUCAGAAACAUCCUUUAGAAGCUGCUUUAGGUGUAGUGGUUCCAUCACCUUUUAAGAAAAGCCUUUUUUGGCCCGAAGAACCGAAGGAAAAAAAAAAGAAAAAAGAGAAGGUUCCAUUUGCAGUGACUAGUAAAUCUUGGCAAGAAUAUCACAGAAAAAAAGAAAUAGAAAAACAGAAGCUACAACAAGAAAAAGAAAAGAGAGCCCUAGAAAGCCAGCAAAAAAAAAUAUUAAAAGAAAAAAAUAUUGCUGAGAAAAAAGGAAAAUCUAAACCUAAACCCAAGUCUAAACAUCGCCAGGACACUUCGUCUGAAGACACAGAUGCAGAGAUUGUAUACGCUGAAAGUGAUGAUAGUGUUUUAAGUAAUUCUGAUAAAAGUAGAGAAAAACCUCAGGAUCCACAACCAUCAAAAAGACGCAAAAUCCCCUUUAUGAAGCAAGGUACAAAAUCUACUAAAUUUCCUCGAUUAAAUCUGAAAUGCAAUAAAAGUGAUACAAAUUCUGAUGAUGAACCUUUAAGCAGCUUAGCAGCAAACACAAACUCUGGCCUGGUAGUUGCUAAAGGACAAUUUGUCAUAGUCAAGUAUGAGGGAGAAUAUUUUCCUGGAAAAACUGAGGAUGUCGACCAUAACCAGUAUGAAGUAAGUACCAUGAUAUUAUCAACUGGAAACUCUUUCAGAUGGCCUGACAAGCCUGAUAAAAUCUGGUACAAUGCUGGAGAUGUUGUGGAACUUAUAAAUAUCCCGUUGCCUCUUAAUAAUCGAGGCUUCUACAAAAUUAAAGAAAUGGAGAAGUAUUUGCCAAAUACAUAUACCUAGUUAUCUAAUUAAUGUAGCUUCAUAUGGAUCUCAGUAAAAUAAGUCAUACUGUGUGGAGUAUUUGUAGAAUUCUCAGUAUUUAAUUGUCUAAAUCGAUAAGUGA